AUGUGCAAACAAAAUCUUCAUAGGCUCAAGAGACUUCAUAUUUCUUACAACAAGUUGUUUGGGGAAAUAGCAUCGAGUUUGGAGCGUUGUUCGCAACUUGAGUAUGUUUCUUUGAACGACAACAAUUUUAGUGGACAUGUGCCAACACAAAUUGGGAACUUGACAUUGCUUCAAGAGGUGACUCAGUUGAACAUAUCGAACAUGGGUCUUGUUGGAACCAUCUCACCAGAAAUCGGAAAUCUUUCUUCUCUCGUUUCAUUAGACAUGAACGACAACUCUUUUCAUGGCCCUCUUCCCGUAUCUAUCUUUAACAUGUCAAAUUUAGAAGUCUUGAGUUUGAAGAAUAAUAGUUUGUCUAGCAGUCUACCUCUUGAUUUGUGCAAAAACAAUCUUGAUCUACUCAAGAUUCUUCGUAUUUCUUACAACGAGAUGUAUGGGAUUAUACCUUCGAGUUUGGAGCAGUGUUCGCAGCUUGAGUUUCUGUUUUUGGAAAACAACAAAUUUGAUGGAUUUGUGCCAAGGGAACUUGGGAACUUGACCAAGCUUCAAGCGUUGAGAAUUGGUGCAAAUAAGUUGACAGGUGAUAUUCCAGAAGAGAUUGGUCGUCUAACUAAUUUACAAGGUUUGAGCCUGAGUUCCAACAAAUUAAAAGGUCCAUUGCCAGCAACUAUUUGCAGCAUGUCAUCCUUGCAAUAUGCUGACUUUGCUUACAAUGAACUAAGUGGACCAUUAUCACCACAAAUUGGAAACAUGACAUCCCUUCUCAGAAUAGGCCUUGAAUUCAACCAUUUCAGUGGCCCUGUCCCAAAGGAGAUUGGUCGUCUUCCUAAUUUCGAGCGAUUGAGCAUGUCUGGCAAUGACUUUAGUGGAUCGUUGCCAAGAGAAAUCGGGAACUUAACAACUAUGUAUGGAUUGUACAUUCACAGCAAUGAGUUAAGUGGUCAUAUUCCAAAAGAGAUUGGUCGUCUAGUUAACCUGGUGGAGUUGCAAUUGGAAGUAAACCAUUUCGACGGACCAUUGCCUAAAGAGAUUGGAAACAUGACACUCAUGAGCUACUUGUGGCUGAACGACAACAAUUUUACUGGUGAAAUUCCAAAAGAAAUAUUUCUUCUCAACAAUUUAUUGAUAUUGAACAUCGCAAGCAACCAGCUUCAUGGAUCAUUGCCAAGAGAAAUUGCUAACCCAAACUUUCAAGAGUUGUGGCUUCACUACAAUAAAUUAAACGGUCCCAUUCCAUCCACCAUUGUGAAUCAAUCAGAGCUACUUAAUUUAGCACUAUAUUCCAACAACUUUAAUGGGGAGAUUCCACCAACCAUUUGCAACUCGAGAUCCCUCCAAAUUCUCUAUUUAUCAGACAAUAAUUUGGAAGGAACAAUUCCAUAUUGUAUAGGAAAUUUGAGUACAUCUCUGUCUAUCCUCAAUUUGGGUGGAAACAAAUUGACUGGACACAUCCCUUCAACAUUCCCAAAGGGUUGUAGUCUUGAGUCAAUCAAUCUGAACGGAAACAAAUUGGAAGGAACGCUACCCCGAACCCUAAUAAACUGCCUAGGUUUGCAGGGUAUCGACAUUGGUCAUAAUGAAAUACGAGGCGCAUUUCCCUUUUGGAUGGAAACACUCCCUCAACUUCGUAUCCUCAUAUUGAGGUCAAACAAGUUCGAUGGUACGAUGUUGGUGGAUUCAAACACCGAGCAACUGUUUCCAAAGUUGCAGGUAUUGGAUGUAUCACAUAAUGAAUUUGUUGGCUUUCUACCAGAUAGAUAUUUCAAGAAUUUUCGAGGUAUGAUAGAUGCCAAGGAAAACCAGACUAAUGAUGCUAACUUGUUUCUAAGAUUUAUAAGGUUGAAGCUCACAUUGAAAGGAUUGGAUCAGUUAUUGUUGUGGCUGUUGGAUACCUUAACAACUAUCGACUUAUCCUCCAACAGAUUCUCUGGGAGUAUUCCACCUUCUCUAGGGAAUCUUAACUCUCUUAGAUUCUUGAAUUUGUCUCAAAAUACCCUCGGAGGGCAUAUACCGUCAUCUCUUGCAGGUAUGAGUUUGCUUGAGUCACUGGACUUGUCUUCAAACAAUUUGGAUGGAGAAAUUCCUAGUGGAUUGUCAAACCUGACAUUUCUUGCGAAGUUAAACCUUUCAAUGAAUAAUCUUGUGGGAGAAAUACCAAAGUCUAAUCAACUUUCCACAUUUGGAAAUGAAUCAUACGUUGGAAACGCAGGAUUAUGUGGAUUUCCAUUGACGAAACAGUGUGAAAGAAAUGAUGCAAAACCAAUAGUUCCUCAUGAAGAUGAUGGAGAUGAUGAUGAGUCUGGAUUUGUAGAUGGAUUUGGUUGGCGAAGUGUGGUGACGGGAUAUGGAUGUGGAUUUUUAGUUGGUAUUGGAAUUGGUUACAUGAUUUUAAGAAGCGGGAGGCCAAAGUGGUUGGUAGAAUUCUUUUUUGGCGUUGGAUAUAAAUAUAAAGCAAAGAAGAGAAGAAAAAGAGAAACAACACCAUCACCAAGGAGAAGGUGA